GAUCUAUCAAGAACUAACACCUUAUCAUUUCCUGGCUCAACGAUUUGCUCAAGAAGGAACACUCAAGGGAUUUUCCUAUCGUUCCAGUCCAUCUGAAUCUGAAUCUGCGGAGGAUAUAUUAUUAUAAUGACGACUGUUGGCCCACGUUUGGUUAUAAAAAUGGAUAAUAUUACUACACAAUUCGCUAACUCUUCAGUUGAUACGGAGAAUCCCCCACCAUCAGCUGAGUGUAUCUCCCUGGUCCUUAAUAUUGUAAUUCCCAUAUUAUCCGUAUUGGUUUUCGUUGGGACCGUCAUUGUUACCUACUUCGUCGACGACCCUGGCUUACGGAAAUUGAAACGCUCGAGUCAACAACCUGAAGAGAUCGUUGUUUCGGAUUCCGAUAAUAAUUAUGUUCGUUAUCUGCCCGAGCAGAAGUUACAAAACCAAGUCAAAGGUCAUACGUUUUCUUCCUUUUCUGCACAAUACAACGUAUCAACGAUUACUGGAGCUGACUCCUCUGAAAUUCGAAAACCUUUAGCUUAUCCUCGUCGCCGCGCCUGUUCUGAGUCCAACCCUGAUCGCCGUGUUAGCGACGCAAGCUCAGAAACCCAGGUUAUCUUGGAACAUAUGCUUUUGCCUCUUGGGUCUGGAAGCACGCACAGUUCGAUGCGCACUAGGCCAGUCUUCCACGUUUCCUUACCACAAAGAUGGACGAAACGCUUUGGAAAAGAGUCAGAAAACGUUGUGUCAAAAGAGAACCAGGACGAAAGUGGGCAGCCUUCGGAGUGUCACCUCCAGGGUACUUGAUACGGCUCCAUCUCUAGGCCACGUCAAUCAAAGCACAGUUGUUGCUCUCCAGAAUUUCCUUGUAUAAAUUGAGAUGAGUCACUAGUUUUGUCAUUUGUUGGCUAACAAUUUUAUGGUGUACUCCCGUUUUGCCUUUUACUGGUGAUUAACAUUGGUUUUGAUUUCCCUCAUUUUCACCUUUCAUUCUUCCAAUCGCACCUUGUAAAAAUAUUCAAGCAUACUUGAGCUAUCUCACUGCAUUUCUGAAAACAUACCUUCUAUCAUCAAAGCACCACCUAUACUCUACCAGUUUGUACUAGAUGCUGGCAUCUUUCUCUCACACGCUUAAGCUUUUACACUACAUGUCCCGAUAAGGUAUCGUGGUGCGAUGUGUUUUAACCCGUGCCAUUUCACUUUGGCUUGAUAACAAAUAUACACUGCACUAAUAGUUGUGACUAUUUUCGUGCCAUUUAUUACCGCUUGUCAUAUGGCAAUACAUUUGGAGUGACGUGUCCAAAUGUUACCACUGGUAACCAAGGCACUCUCUGAUGUGCACUCACUGUAAACGUUUUUAGCAAAAUAAAUUUUCAUUCACUGCCA